AUGCAGUCAAAUUCGAUCUAUCAAUGCCCAAUUUGUCCGAAACAUUACAAGCGUCGUGAACACCUGAAGCGCCACCGUAGUUCUCAUACUUCCGAACGCCCCCACCGAUGUCCGCAGUGCGACGGGCGGUUUCAGCGGGCGGAUGUGCUGAGAAGACACCUGCAGACUUGUUUGGAGAGAAGGGGAUCACGGGGGCUGACAACUCGUCGGAGAGCUUGUGAUCGCUGCGUGCGACAGAAAAAAGCAUGUAAUUUGCAGCAGCCGUGUGAUCGCUGCGCGCAGCAGAUGGUUGAGUGCUGUUAUUCUGUCGCGCCUUCAGAGGAUAGGAACACAAUAGCGAGUCCGGGAAAUGCAGAGCUAGCACGAGCACCGCCGGCGCCAGAAACGACACUUACGAUGGCUUUUCGCUGGUCGGACUUUGGUGCGGACAAUUUGGUGGCGAAUUCUGGUGAACAUGAUGCGAUGGCGCUCAGCGAUCCGAACGUGCUGGACCACGCCAGCCCUAGCUGGCAGGAUUUAAUUGCAAUGGCAUCGGAGGGUCCACCGGGGCCGGAUAAUAUGCAUACUUCGUUUCAGUUUCUCGACAAGAUGACUAGCAACACGGGGCUGGCGUAUAGCUUUGACUGCGGGACACCAGAGGAACGGGCGCAGGUGCUUUCUAGCCUGGAACGCGAGGUAGAAAGUGAAUGUGGGGCAUCAUCAUCAUCACCAUCAUCUUCACCAGAGGUGUUGGAUAUGCCGGGAUCGCCCUUAAUCGAUGGAUUAUCGCUGAAAUGGCUGAAUGACCCUCUUUCGCUCAAGACCCAUCAGAUAUUACACCUCAUCAAGGAUGUGGUGAUGGUGAAGCCACGGAAUAGCUCUGUCACACUGGACUGGUCACCAGGUUUACAGCAGUCAUGUCUACGGUUCUUCUCGCCAGUGAACCUGCGCAGAUACCUAGGAUUAUAUUGGGCGGUCUGGCAUCCGAAUGUCAAUUUCGUUCAUCGACCUAGUUUCGAUUCAACGUCAGCUAAGCCAACCGUAUUAGCUGCUAUGACCUUACUUGGUGCGUGCAUGUCGCCCGAAACGUCCGAUCACGAAGAGGCGCGGAUGUGGUUCAACUGUGUCGAGGAGCUUGUCUUUACCGAUGAAGACUUUAAUAGUGAUUUCACUUCUGCGACAUCCUGUCCUAGUCUACAUCGAAACAUCGUCCAGGCACUCCAAGCAGCUUACAUGGUGUGCUUAUACCAGAACUGGGAAGGUAGUGAUGCGAGCAAACGGCGGAUUCGACGUUAUCGCUUUGCUAGUCUUGUUUCUACUGCUCGAGACAUCGACUUGACGACCGUCAAACAUGCUAAAUACAGCGAGCAUACUCGAUACCAAUUCGAAUGGAAGGAUUUCGCCACUCGAGAAGAGCUAAUUCGCGUCCUGAUUUGGAUCUUCCUCCUCGAUACAGCAUUCGUUCUCUUCAACAAUCUCCCUCCCCGCAUGGUAAUCAAGGAAAUGAAAAUCCACAUGGCCGUGCCGGAUGCCUGUUUCCAAGCAUCGACAGCAGAUGACUGCUACGAACAAAUCAAACGUCUCCUUCCUGCAAACAGCCAAUACUGGAAGAUAUCUUUCUGCAAUGCAUUCAAAAGCCUCUUCCAGGAGAACCUGGCAAUGAAUCUCCGCUACGACCUAGCCGCCUUAGGCCCACUAAACCUGUUCGCCCUAACCUCCGCCAUCCACUCCCAAAUCUUCCAAUACCGCAGCAACUCCUGGGGCACCGUUCAACUCCUUGCCCCAAUUCGUAACGCACUAGAUAACUGGCGCGCUAUCUGGGAACUCUCUAUAACAUCGCUUCCCCCCAAACUCUCCCCACACGUCAGCCGCGCCGACGACGACGACGGCUAUUACAACGCCCAAGUAAUUAUGCACCAACCCGAACGAAUGUGGCGGCGAGUAGGCUUCUGCAGAUACUGUCCCGAGUACUGGUUACUGGCGAAUUUGAUGGUCAAUCAGCUUACGGAGUUGUGCGUGUCGGGGUCACAGCCGAGGAAUGAGUUAGAGAGGUUGGAUGAUGAACCGCUGGAUUCGAUUCUGAAGAAGUAUGAUGAGACGAGUAUGCAGCAGGCAAAUGAUUUGAUUUUGAGCUUUCAGCGGUGGCAAGUUUUUAGUUAUUAG